UGUUACUGUGAGGAUCAUGUACAAUACACGUCACUGCGUUUGUCAGUAAAGAAGAAAUGUUAUAAGAAUAUCUGACAUAUUCAGUAGCACUGAACAAGACAUGACUGACAAGAACCAAACCUCAGACCUUCCUGAUGCACACGGCGGCUGUAUAGACGUGACAGCUUCAGAUGUCUCAGCGGUUGACCACGGAGGAGAACUGUAUCUGUGUGAUAAUGUGAAGACUACUGCGGAGGAUGAAGUUCCUAUAUAUACGGCUACAGGACGUCUAGAGGAAAACCUGUGCACUGGGCUAAUAAAUGUGAAGGAAGAGGAUGAGACAGACGACAUGAAUAGUCAGACUGAAAUACAUUCAUCCCUCCCUGCCGACGAAGAUAACUCUGAUAUAGUGAAAGUUGAGAUAACAGAAGAUCUGUGUGUGAGGCAACAGCCCGGAGCUCCUGAUGAAGAAAUGACAAGUGGCAGUAUCAGCCCAGGCUGUAUGGAUGUGACACCUUCAGAUUGCUUAGCGGUUAACCACGGAGGAGAACCAUAUGUUUGUGAUCACUUAAAGACUGAGGAGGAUGAAGUUCCUAUAAAUACGGCUACAGGUAAAAACAAUAAUAAGAUUUCAUGUCUCACAGAGGAAACAGAUGACCAGUGGCUAAGAAAUAUGAUACAAGCUCCUGGACAUGAAAUAUGUGACAAUAUUUGUUCAGGUAGCUUCACAAACUGCAAUAACCCUAGUCAUGGUCAGACUUCAGAUGCUUCUUUCAAUCUUUUCCAAAAUCAAAGAAGCCAUGUUGGAAAUGUAUGUUCUGUAUGUCAGAAAUGUUUUACUCAGAAAUCAGCUCUUAUUACACAUCAGAAAACCCAUACAGGAGAAAAGGCAUUUGUAUGUUCUGAAUGUGGAAAAUGUUUUACUUGGAAAUCACAACUUAUUACUCAUCAGAAAACUCAUACAGGAGAGAAAGGAUUUUUAUGUACGGAAUGUGGGAAAUGUUUUACCUGGAAAUCGCAACUUAUUUCUCACCUGAAAAUUCAUACAGGAGAGAAAGCAUUUUCAUGCUCUCAUUGUGGGAAAUGUUUUACCAAGAAAUCAAAUCUUAUUGACCAUUUGAAAAUCCAUACAGGAGAGAAAGCAUUUUCAUGUUCUGUAUGUGGCAAAUGUUUUACUCAGAAAUCAGUUCUUAUUAUGCAUCUGAAAAUUCAUUCGGGAGAAAAGGCAUUUUCGUGUUCUGAAUGUGGGAAAUGUUUUACUCAGAAAUCAGUUCUUAUUGCGCAUUUGAAAAUACAUACAGGAGAAAAGGAAUUUUCAUGUUCUGUAUGUGGAAAAAGUUUUACCUGGAAAUCACAACUUAUAUCUCAUCAGACAGUUCAUACAGGAGAGAAAGCAUUUUCAUGCUCUGAAUGUGGGAAAUGUUUUACUUUGAAAUCACAACUGAUUACGCAUCAGAAAAUUCAUACACGAGAAAAAGCAUUUUCAUGUUCUGAAUGUGAGAAAUCUUAUACUCAGAAAUCUGCUCUUAUUACUCAUCAGAAAAUUCAUACAGGAGAAAAAUGUAACUCUGAAAUUUGUGGGCUUUUCAAUUCCCUGGAGUUUCUAUAA